AUGGCUUCCACAUCAAAGGAUUCUUACGGUGUAGCAACUUAUGCGAUUAGUCGACAUAGGAAAAAUAAAGUGUUUAUCUGGCAAAGUAGGAGGGAACAUGGGAGGGUCUACGAAUUUUUGGUUUCAUCGCGAUUCAAGAUUCCAGGGUUAGUGUCAUGGAAGUGCAUGCAUUGUAUGCAGAUACGCGCAAAACUGAAAAAGCAGGGUAAGGACGUUCGGAGUCUGAAAAUACCUUUGGUUCUUAUCGACAACGAUGUGAUUAAGGAGGACCCUGAUGAACCUUUGAAUGCACAUCAUUUCUGCGAGGGUAAGGAUUUGGUAGAUGCCGUGCUCAAAAGGACUAAGUUGGAGUUCUACGAAAAGUGUUCCUCUACAAAUGAGUUGCCUGAAAUAUCUGCUGAUCGGUUUUCUGAGACUGUACUUGAAGCUGUACCUCUCGAUCUUGACCCUUAUCAAAAACGCCAGAUGAAACAAUCGCUAGACGACAAAUGUGCAAAAGUGAUGAAGAAAGUCAUACGAAAACGGAAGAGAACUGUGUCUGUGGACGCCCACGACAGUUCGGUACGAGAGGAGCAAGAUGAUGAAGUGAGACUGCCUAUGGAUAACGGCUUCCAGAUCGAAGACGUGACGAUAAGGCCACCAGAUGUGAUGGUAGCCUCACUUUCGGGCAUAGAUGAAAAUGACUACAUCGAUGUCGUUGGAGAUACGCAAGAAAUAAUAUAA